AUGGAGGCCUCUAAGAAGAAUCUAUUUGCCAUGAGUGACGCAGAAAUUUUGGAAGUCAUUUAUGCCACUCAUGAAGUUAGUCAUGACCACGAUUCCUUUGACGUUCAUUCUCUUUUCUCCAUCACUCAAAGCAUCAUUAAGUGUUCAAAGCAGAUCGUCGAUAGUAUCGACCAGAAGGUCCCCCAAGUAUAUGCUGAAAAUAUGGGUGGAAUAACUAUUGCACCCAGCUUCAGCACGCCCUUGUGCGUUUUAAAGUCCAUAGUUCGAGAGGUGCCAUGUAAGGCUCCAGGGGAAAAGAAUGCCCACGACGCCACGCUGAAAAUACUUAGCAAGGUGUCAAAGUAUUCAUGGGAAGCGAAGGCUGUGCUGGCUCUGGCGGCUUUUUCUUUGGAAUAUGGAGAGUUCUGGCUGAGUGCCCAGCAUCAACAAUCUGACCAACUUGCCAUGUCUGUGGCAUUCCUUAAGGGUGUGCCAAUCCUUCUCAAGCCCGAAAACCUCAAGAAACGCGGCAGAGCUAUCACUGAUCUCAACAAUGUGAUCAUGUCCACAUUGCAAGUGAUUGAUUGCAUCUUUCAAUUGGAGAAGCAUUCCAUCACUUAUAAUGAUGUAAAGGAGUUGAGAGAAAUCUUGGCAAAUGCAAGGAAAGAUAUCUGGGUGAAUGUCUAUUGGUGUAUCAUUACAACCGUAGCUUGCGCCACUAACAUCACCCUCCUUACUAGUGAUGAGGGGAACUCACACGACCUUGUCCAGUAUUCUCAGAAGAUCACAAUCAUCCUCAGUAAACUUAAGCAACAGCUUAAGAUCUGUGAAGAGGAAAUAGAGAAGUUACGGCCCUACAAGAAGCUCAAAAACCUCUUCCUAAUUCCUACUGAGAUUAUCGAGGUUAUGAAGAUCCUAAUCUUUUCAACCAUUUUCGACGGUUCCAUUAAGCAACUGGUUCACAUCGACAUCCUAAGGACGAAGAAUGUGUUGUUGUUCAUUUCGAGCCUAGAGAUAUCUGAGGAUUAUAUCGCUUGUCUCAGACCCAUAUAUGAUUUUACAAAGGAUAAUAAUGAGUAUAAGAUUGUUUGGAUUCCUAUAGUAGAGAAGUGGACUAAAGUUCUGCAACGCAAGUUUGAGGCCCUGCGGGCUAAGAUGCCAUGGUACACAGUAGGCCAGGCUGGUGCCCACAUUGCAGGCAUCAAGUACAUCAAGGAGGAUUGGAACUUUAAUGGUAAGCCUAUGCUGGUUGUGUUGAACACAAAGAGUCCGCUCCAACAUUUCAACGCUCUGCGCAUGAUUUCGAUAAUGGUUUUCCGCGUUAAUGGAUGGCAUUAA